GCGUACAAACAUUGGGGGAAGUUUCUCAGAAACUUAAUUGGCUCUCUGUGUGUUUUGACCGGCGUACAUUGGACGAUGUGCUGUAGAAUAUACAACGUGAGAGAAAUUUAAAAAAAGGCGACACCAACACACGUCCACGUGGAAUGAUACAAAAUUGGCAAACAGGGACAUAAUUUUGCAUCAUUCUUUUGGUGCAUCUGAACAGAACUUCAUAAAAUAGGCCGGACUUUUUUAUGGAAUUGAGAAUAAACAUUUAUUUAUGAACUUCAUUUCGCUUUUUCAAUUUAAAAAUCCGCUGAAUAGUAAAUGCGGUACCCAACCCUGUCCAGCUGAUAAGCGGCUGGGGUUGCCCAGCAACCCUGCAAAAAAAACACACAAACGUCAUCGAGCUGCAUGAAGAGUAAAUAAACCACCCAAGUAAACACGGUAGGCGUUGCAAACGGUACACACCUUCGAUGGAGCUGGAACCGAGCAAAAUCGUAGACUUUCACUAUGAAUACACCAACGUGGACGAUAAACCGGCGAAACUGGUGUACGCAAUCGAAAUCCCGUACAAAGGAAGUGUGGCCGAGCUGAGCCACCAGAUCGUAUCCGUACGGAUGGAUCCAAUCAUGAAGUUUCUCCGGGCGGAUCGGAACCUUCUGCACACGCUGCAAACGUUUAUCGAGCGUGAAAAUCAAACGUUCUACGACGAUCGGGAUGAGUUGCUGCUGGAAAAAUUUCGCAAUGGAACACCCGACGUGGAUGGGUUGGCACUGGACAUGGAGAAACUCUACCGGGAGGAGAUACUCGAGUUUGCCGAUCGGGUAGGGCCCACCGAUGAGGAAAUAUUUGCACAAAGCUACCAUCAGCUGGUGCAUUCGUCACUGCUGCCGGAAAUAUUGAGCAAAGAGCGUGAGUAUGCGCGCACCAUUUCCAGCUUGGCCACACAGAUGACACAGCAAAUUACCACGAUGAACACAUUGCAUCAGGAGGAGAUAGAUUCGAAAAUUAAGCUGCUAGACAUAUCGAUUACACCGGAAAACAUCAAUCACAUGUUAGCUAAGCAGUACGGCAUGCAGAAUAUGAUCCGCAAGCAGUGUGAGUCGGAGCUGGAAUCUACACGGGGUCACCAGAAACACGAGUACCGGAACUGGGUAACGCAGCAUGUGGAUGAAAGUUUUCUUGCCCAUUCCGAGAGCCCAACGCAGAUCGGUAACCGAUGGUCGAUGAUUUCGACGCAGGCACCCUCGAUGGAGGAAAGUUUCACCAUCCAUCUGGGGUCCCAGCUGAAGCACAUGCACAAUAUACGCAUUCUCAGUACCCGGGUGUCAGAUCUUUGCAGUCCCCUGUACGGUGAUGCAUCGUUCGGUGGACCAAACGUGGCGUUGGGGCUUUAUUCCAGUUCGCUGUGCGGUAUCGUAGUACUGACACCGUCCGGUACGAUCACACCGGACCGGGAGAUACGGCGCAAUGCGAAUAUGUCGACCGAAUUUCACUUCGAUCAGAUCGAUCGACAGAUCGAAAAGAUACAGGAAGACUUACGGAAUCUUCAGCACGGUUCGGCAGUGGAGGCGGGUGGUGCUCAAAGCCUAGCGGCUGCCGGUGGACGGCGACCGGAUCGUACGGUGGUGACGGUGAAACCCGGUGAUGCAUUUAUUACGCGCCAUUCGAAUCUGUCUCACUCCCAUGUCAUCUUUCAUCUGAUAUCGGAUGAAACAUUCCAAAGUCCGAGUGAAAUCAAUUCCCGCCAUCCUGUGAUACUGGGUUUGCGCAACAUAUUGAAAAUCUCCAGCAGGCACGACAUCACCACGCUGACCAUUCCGGCUUUACUGCGGCACGAAAUGUCGGAGGAUAUGACCGUGAGUUGGUGCAUACGACGAGCAGAAUUGGUUUUUAAAUGUGCCAAAGGAUUUAUGAUAGAAUCGGCCAGCUGGGGCGGAGCUGAACUGAACACAUUGCAGCUUCUGCUACCACACGACAUAUCCGAGGAGUUGUUCCGAACCCUUGCCGAUAUGGUACCGCACGUGUUUCGUGUGGCAAAUCCCAAAAUUCUCCAGUGAAGAGUUUUUGUAGUUCAUUCUCGAAAGAGAGUAGAGGAAUCUCGAUAAUUACGCAAAGUUUGUUGCAUCGAAAGGCUAGGUAAAUGUAUACUCGACGAAGGGUAAUAUUGUUACAAUUGUAAUAUAAGUGAAAUGCUAUCAAAUCAAUCAAAUAAUCCAUUACGUGCAAUUAUACAGAGACGCUCUAUGCUUUAGCUGAGUUAUUCCUAAUUUAUAAAUUGUAAAGAAUGA